AUGCUCUCCACGCGAGACGUCCAGGCUGCCAACGUCGUCUUGAUCAAAGACACCAUCGCCAAGACCGGAUACGACCUCAGCAGCAAGCAAGAGCUCGCCGAAGAAGACGUCGCGAAGCUUUCACCAGACGACGCCCAACUACUCGCGGGCGAGAUGAACAAGUGGUCUGUCAACCACAAUCGUACCGAUCUGCUCGUCCCUGCUUUUUCGACCCAGCAGUUCAGCGCCGCGGCCGCUGCGGUAAAGAAGCAAGUUGCUGCAAAGGCGCAGGCGAAUGCGGAGAGGUCCGAGCUCGCGGUGUUCGAGGACGAGGCAGCUGAGGGCGCGGAUGCUGGCGCGCUCAUCGAAGCGAGAGCGCCUCAAUUCUGGCAUUUCUACUGGACCCUUGUGGUAACUGCCCGCAUUCUCCUCUCGUGGCUAUGA